AUAAAAUGGGGGUGAUGAUGCUGGCCAUGGGGCAGGUGCUGCUGUUGGUCCUGGCGAUGGCAGUUGCCCAGGAUUCUAUGCUGAACGUGUGCAUGGAUGCCAAGCACCAGAAAACCAAGCCUGGACCGGAGGAUAAACUGCAUAAACAGUGCUCUCCCUGGAAGGACAACGCCUGCUGCACACUCAACACAACUCAAGGGGCCCACGAUGACACCUCCUACCUCUACAAUUUCGACUGGAACCACUGCGGGACCAUGUCGGAUAAAUGCAAGAAGCACUUCAUCCAGGACACCUGUCUCUACGAAUGCUCCCCCAACUUGGGGCCCUGGAUCAACAAGGCGGACGAGAGCUGGCGGAAGGAGAGGAUCCUGGACGUGCCGCUGUGCCUGGAAGACUGCGAGGGAUGGUGGGAGGACUGCCAGGAUGACCUGACCUGCAAGGAGAACUGGCACAAAGGCUGGAACUGGACCCAAAAAGUCAACCGGUGUCCGUUGGGCGCAAUGUGUCAGAAGAUGAAGAGAGUGUUCCCGACUCCCCGAGAUCUGUGCGAAAAAAUCUGGAGCAACUCCUACAAAUACACCGACUUUUCCCGGGGAAGUGGGCGCUGCAUCCAGAUGUGGUUUGAUCCUGUCAACGGCAACCCCAACGAAGCCGUGGCCAAGUACUACGCGUCGUCAGGAGAGACCUUGGCCUUCCACUCAGCCUUGACUCUGUUGCUCUGUUCAGCCCUCCUGGGCUUGCUCUGAGGAUGGCAGGGACACUGGGCUCCUGAGAACUUUGGGCAACUUCAGCAAGGUGGUGGUGGUGGGGGGGAACCUUCCCUCCUCCCCCACCGUGGCUGGAGUCCCCUGAGAUGCAGCUGUUCCUCAAGAGCUGUCAUCCAGGCACAUCUGCAGGAGCUUCUAGUGAUCUCCUGCUCUCCUUUGAAUGGGAAGCUGUCCUUGAUGUUGACCACAAGAAGGCCACCUAAAGAGAAUAAAUGUCUUCUAUGACCAGU